CAAAUCUCUCAAAAGCCUUUAUUAUAAAUAAACUCUCGUCUUUAAACCUCAUCUUUAGUUUUGGUGUAUCCGUCAUCAUGAGUGGAAGUAAAAUAAUAAUUUUAUUGACAGUCAUUUCGGCAUCAUUUGACCUCACGAAGGCUAUAUCAUGUACGGUUGAAAAGUCGAGACUUACUGGUGAAUGCAAGUUCAUCACCGACUGUCCAGAAGUUUUAAUGGCAUAUCAAAAACUUAAAGAACGUCCAACGAUCUGUGAUAGUAAAACAAGAACAAUUUGCUGUCCAAUGAAAUUAGCUAGAACAACGACAACUGAAAAGACAACAACAACAAGAGAAGAACCACCGUCUCGUAUCAGUGUCAAAAAAUGCAGAGAAUAUGGUAAAUUAAUCUAUGAAAAGCAAACGCUUUCAAAUCCAGUAAUUGGUGAACCGCCAAUAGAAAAAAUAUUAUCCAAAUGUAAUCAUGAGGUCGUUAAACUGAUUGUUGGUGGAACUGAAGCAAGUGAUAGAGAGUUUCCUCACAUGGCACUGAUUGGUUUUGGAGAGGGAAAACCGGAAGAUUAUCAAUGUGGAGGAUCCCUUAUUUCCGAACAGUGGAUCCUUUCUGCAGCACAUUGUCUUAACGCAGCAGGAUCAACAGCAAAUUUCGCAAAACUUGGAUACAUCAUAAGAAAUAUUGAGACAUCAAACACAUACACGUAUCAAAUUUCUGAAAGAAUUUCUCAUCCAAAUUAUGAUUCAAGAUUUGCAGAUGAUGACAUUGCCCUUUUCAAGUUACAACAACCUGCAGUCUUGAACUCAUAUGUCAUUCCUAUUUGCUUACCAGACAAGGAACUACUUACAACAAAGAAUGCAAUCGCUACUGGAUAUGGAAAGACAGGAUUUGUUGAUGACGUUAGUGAUGUCCUUAUGAAAGUGGUGAUUGAGUAUUUCAACCGUGAUACGUGUGAUUCUGCCUUUGAAGGAACUGGUAGAUUUUCUAACAGACAAAUAAAUUGGGAUAAAACUGUUUGUGCGGGAUCAAACAAUAAGUCAGGUGAUACAUGCAAUGUAAGUUGAAGUUCUGUUGAAUGUUUAAUGAUCAAUUGACUGAAAUAAAUUUAAAUCCUUUAAAAUGUUUAGGGAGAUUCAGGAGGACCUCUUCAAAUCUACAACAGUGAUACUUAUUGUAUGUAUACGGCAGUUGGAAUCACAUCUUUUGGAUACGCUUAUUGUGGAUUUCCUGGGGUUCCAGCUAUUUAUACAAAAGUCUAUCACUAUUUGGAUUGGAUUGAAAAUAUAGUGUGGCCAAAUGAAUCUGUUUAACAGAUAUAUGAGAUUACUGCUUUAUUAGCUCUGCAUGUGGCAAAGGACAUUCAUAUGCUUUAUAAUUAUUCAGAUAUUUUUAAAGGAAAUUCAAUACAAUUGUACAUAAAGUAAUCUUAAAAUUAAGUCUUCUUGUUUCAAAACUUAAAGU